CGGUCUUCGCGCCAGGCUCUGUCUUCAUUUCUUAAGAUGGCGAGCAGCAGCAGCAGCAGCAGCGGCCCCAAGACCGAAAUCAUUGUCGGAGGGAAAUAUAAACUGGUACGAAAGAUCGGGUCGGGGUCCUUCGGGGACGUUUAUCUGGCGAUUAACUUCACCAAUGGCGAGGGAGUGGCCGUGAAGGUAGAAUCUCAGAAGGCCGCUCAUGCCCAGUUGCUGUAUGAGAGUAAACUCUAUAAGAUUCUUCAGGGUGGCGUUGGUAUCCCUCGCAUACAGUGGUAUGGUCAGGAAAAAGAAUACAACGUGCUAGUCAUGGAUCUUCUUGGGCCUAGCCUCGAAGACCUCUUCAAUUUUUGUUCAAGAACCUUCACAAUGAAAACUGUACUUAUGUUAGCUGACCAGAUGAUCAGUAGAAUUGAGUAUGUCCACGCAAAGAAUUUUAUUCACAGAGACAUUAAACCAAAUAACUUGGUAAUGGGUACUGGGCGUCAAUGUAAUACGUUAUUCCUCAUAGAUUUUGGUUUGGCCAAAAAAUACAGAGACAAAAGAACAAGGCAACACAUACCGUACAAAGAAGGUAAAAAUCUCACCGGCACUAUCCGUUAUGCUAGCCUCAAUGCACAUCUUGGUAUUGAACAAAGUCGCCGAGAUGACAUGGAAUCGAUAGGAUAUGUUUUGAUGUACUUUAACAGAACCAGCCUGCCGUGGCAAGGAGUAAAGGCUACAACAAAGAAACAAAAAUACGAGAAGAUUAGUGAAAAAAAGAUGUCCACCUCUGUUGAAGAUUUAUGUAAGGGGUAUCCUGAAGAAUUUGCCACGUACUUAAACUAUUGUCGUGGGCUUGGCUUUGACGAAGCUCCGGAUUACAGAUACAUGAGGCAGCUGUUUCGGAAUCUCUUCAGAACCCUGAACCACCAAUAUGACGACAGAUUUGAUUGGACAAUUAAAAAGGAGAAAGCGGCACAGCCGGUAGCCUCUUCAAGUGGCCAGGGUCAACCCGCCCAAACCUCCAGAGGUUUCCAAGCACGGAUGAGGGAACAGAAGAAGCCGUGA